AUGCGAGCUCCAGCACCAAAAAGGCACGACGUCGCCGUCAUCGGGAUAUCGUGCCACUUCCCGUGCGGAGCAGAUACAGCAGACCAAUUUUGGGACUUCAUCUGCAAUGGGCGCACUUUAUACUCCGAGGACAUCGAUGGGUCGGCGACGCAUGCUGUCCACAGUUAUGACAAGGAGAUCAACAUCGACUUGAUCCCCGGAGGACACACUACAAAACGACAUGUUGCCUCACUCGAUGCUAGCUUUUGCAACCUCUCCAACGCCGAGGCCGAGUCCAUGGAUCUCCAGCAACGGAUCAUCAUGGAAGCGACGUACGAGUCCAUAGAAAGCGCAGGCCUUGAGGUCGGCCAGCUCGCUGGCUCCCGAACCGGCGUUUUUAUUGGGAGUGUCACGAGUGAUUACCGCCAAAUGCCGCACCACCAUGCCGAGACGGUACCUCUCUACAACCUCACAGGCGCUAGCAACACGCCAACCUCUGACCACAUCUCGUGGUUUUUCGACCUCCGCGGGCCCAGCGUUACUACCAAUGCGACCUACUCGUCUAGUCUAGUAGCCUGUCAUCUCGCUUGCCAAAGCCUCUGGAGCGGCGAGUCGGAGAUUGCUAUUGUGGGCGGCACUAACCUGCUGCUGAACCCUGACAUGUUUCUAUGCUGCCACAACCGACAGGCCCUAGCCCCCAAGGACAAGCGCAAAAGCUUGGACGAGUCAAGGGGCGGCUACUCCAGAGGUGAUGGUGUUGGCGUUGUCAUCUUGAAACGCGUUGCUGACGCCGUCCGCGACGCUGAUCCAAUCCGCGCCGUGAUCCGCGGCAGCGGAUGCAAUCGAGAUGGCCAUACAAAGGAAUUUACCACCCCCGAUGUGGAGGCACAAACCUCCCUCAUUGUGGAAACGUACCACAGUGCAGGUCUUUCCCUUGCCGAGACGCGCUAUGUCGAGGCUCACGGGGCUCCCAUCUCGUUGGGCGACGCGCCUGAGAUGGAAGGCAUCGCGCGUGCAUUCAGCCCGCGCCGGGUGGCAUCAGACAAGCUUCUGGUUGGAUCGAUUAAGUCUAGCGUGGGACAUCUUGCAACUUGCGCUGGGCUGGCCUCGCUCAUCAAGAGUGUCUACAUCUUGGAAACGGGGGUGAUACCACCGACGCAAUGUGCCUGCGAUGUCAAACCCAAGGUCCGCUGCGAAGAAUGGCAUCUCAAAGUCCCAACAACAAAAGCACCUUGGCCAGCCGAAGGUCUGCGUCGGAUCAGUACCCAUGGCUUCGGAUAUGGCGGUACAAAUGCACAUCUGAUCCUGGACGACGCAGCCCACUAUCUCGAGGCACGGAACCUGAGAGGCCACCACUACACCCGCAUACGGCCUCAACCCCAGAGGCUUUCAACCUCGGCAGCCUACAGAGAAGAACCGAAAGUAAACCCGCCGCGGUUAUUUCUGUUCCAGGCAAGCAAUCGUGAGGGCCUGGGGCGACUGCGCGCGUCGUUGGCGCAGCAUCUCAGCCAGCGCCUAAAGUCAUGGCCAGAGGACUCGAGGGACAGUGCUGUACAUCUCCAAAAGAUAGCCUUUGCUCUCGCGAGCCGACGUUCUCAUAUCAAUUGGCGGACAUACGCUGUGGCCUCCACUCUAGAGGAGCUGCUCAAUGUGCUCAAGCACGGCGAAAGGGCAUGGGCGACUCCCGAGGUCCGCGGUGCGGCGACAUCCCUUCGACUCGGCUUCGUAUUUACCGGACAAGGUGCGCACUGGGCUCGCAUGGGACUUGAUCUCAUGGUUUACCCAGUGUUCCGCCAAAGCGUCGAGGAAUCUGAUCGUUUCCUGCGCGAGGCCCUCGGCUGUAGCUGGUCUGCCGUUGACGAGCUGGCAAAGCCGCAGACCGCGUCCCGUCUCGCCGAGGCAGCCUACAGCCAGACCCUCUGUACUGUGCUUCAGAUUGCCGUCGUCGACUUGCUGGAGGAUUGGAAUAUAUCUCCCACGCGUGUAGUCGGGCACUCGAGCGGCGAAAUCGCUGCUGCUUACUGCUUGGGGGCCCUGACCAAGCACGACGGCCUCAGGGUUGCCUACUACCGCGGAAUCCUGUCCUCAGAGAUGCGGCAAUCACAGCAGGAUCAGCGAGGAGCCAUGUUGGCCAUAGGGGCUUCCCGUGGGAGGGUAGAGGAAUGGCUGGCGCAGCUGACCCGGGGAAAGGUCGUCGUCGCCUGCAUUAACUCGCCGACGAGUGUCACGGCAUCUGGUGACGAAGAGGGCAAUGACGAACUUCUUUCAAUGGUGCAGCGGGCCGGCGUGUUUGGUCGCAAGCUGCAGGUGAAUGUGGCAUAUCAUUGUCACCACAUGGAGUCGCUUUCUACUGCAUACGCUGAGCUUCUAAAGCAACUUGAGCCGCUCCAAGCGCGCAAGGGACGUGCCAUGCACUCGAGCGUCUUGGGCGGCGUAAUCGAAGCUGCGGAACUCGGUGCUGCCUACUGGGUGCGCAACCUGGUCUCCCUGGUACGCUUCUCCGAAGCCGUCUCGAGCCUCAUUUCCCACGAGGACAGGCCAGCAGUGGAUGUGCUCGUCGAGAUCGGACCACACCCUGCGCUCAAGGGACCCGUCCAGGAGAUACUACAUGCUCAGGGUGUGUCCGCGGUCAAGUACAUGUGUGUCAUAUCUCGCGGACGCGGAGGAGGCGUCAAGUCGGCUUUGACGUUGGCUGGCGAGCUUGUCCUCUCGAAUGUCCCCGUUGAAAUAGGUCACGUAAACCUCGACACCGAUCUGCCACCGAGUCUGCUCAUGGAUCUGCCCCCAUGCCUCUGGAACUGCUCUGCCAGAUCCAGGGCCAAGAACCGUCUCUCCAAAGACUACCGGCUGCGCAGGCACGCCCACCUGCCACUGCUUAGAAAUUCGCGUCUCACUACAUGCGGCAGCGAGAGAUGUUGGCGUGGCGUGGUGACGCUGCAGGACUCGCCCUGGAUCCGGGACCAUCAGAUUCAGGGGUCUAUUCUGUAUCCCAGCACCGUAUUUUUGACUAUGGCCAUUGAAGCUGCGUCAAAUAAAGCAAACGAAAAUCGGAAAAUGAGCGCCCUCCGAGUGACAGGUGUACACUUCGACGAUGCGUUGAUGGUGACCGAGGACAGCACAACCGAGGCAAUUUUGCGACUCAGGACGUUACCCCUCCCAGCGGCUAGCAGCCAAUCGCCCUGGAUGGAGUUCACCGUCAGCUCAUCUAUUGAAGGAGGUGUCUUGCGUCAGAAUUGCGCUGGCCUGAUCAUGAUCGAGUAUGAAAUUGACGCAGACCCGUUUGUGGACAGCGGACGUACCUUGGAGUCGGACAUGGUUCGUGAUGGGUACAAGAAAACAGACUCAUCGUGCCGGCAAUCAGUCGAAUUGGGCAAACUCUACUCACGUCUUGCACCUCUCGGUCCUGACUAUGGGACAACCUUUGCAAACAUGACAGAGAUUCGAAAGACAGGCGAGGGCCAGUGUAUUGGCACUGUCCGCCUGGUACCACCGGCACAUGAGAGCCACCCUCGUUUAAUUCAUCCAGGAACGCUGGAUGCUGUGUUCCAACUUGCGUUUGCUGCGCUCGAAGACUCUUUGCUUCUGGGGCCCAUGGUCCCAAGUAAAAUUGACGAGGUAGUCAUUGCAGCAGAAAUACCAAACAGUCUAGGCGCUCUGCUUCACGGAGUCCCGCAGUCCUCCCUCCAUGACCCCCGGGAGCUCGUCUCCGACAUUGACAUGCUGGAUGACGAGAGUAGUAGGGUAGUUGUGCAGAUCAAGGGGCUCCGUUGGGCUGACGUUUCCGGCGGUCGCAUAACCCCGGCAGCAGCGGCGUCGUCAGAGACUCGACCCAUCGGCUUCCGCGUCGAACGGAAACCGGCAGCCGAUUUGCUAGCCGGGGAGCAGCUGCAGACAUAUGUUGGCCGUCUCGCCGAGCAAGGGGAUGUCCCAAACCUCGCUCGUGCCGCGACACUGAAUAAUCAUGUUGGCCGCCUGGCCACAUGCCGGUCCGCCCAGGCAGCGGGCAUAAGCACACCGUUCUACUUCGAUGACCCCCGGUUCUCGAUCCUUGCGCAGCCACGCGACUCGGACGUUGCGUCGUCGUCCACAUCGGACGCUGGCGAUGGCAGUGCCGGCGAGGUCUCUGUCCGAACGCAGCUCUCUCAAGCUCAGUCGGUAGCUGAAGCAGUCGCCGCCAUUCAGGCUGCGCUCCUCGAGCGCGUGGCACGAACCCUUCAGAUCGCCCUUCUGGACAUCGAUCCAUCCAAGCCACUCCACUCUUACGGGGUUGAUUCUUUGGUGGCUGUGGAAACUGUCAAGUGGACGAUCAAGACGCUCGACGCGAAGCUGACAGUGUUCGAUCUUCUGUCCAAUGAGCCCGUCACAGCUUUGUGCGAGAAGAUUGCGUCUAUAUCUACUUUGGUCAAGUUGACUAGUUGA